UUGGUCGUGAGAUUCGUGUAAUUCGUCAUUCGAAGGAAAUGUUUCGUUAUAGAAUAAUCAAGAAUUUGUCCUCGAUUCGAGUCGCUAUUUUUCGAGUAUACCAUAGAAAUUUUUCUAUCGCAAUAUCGGAAAACUUGUCAUCUGCACGUCGACGAGGCUGGAGAUGUCACGGCGUUUUGAGCCAACGAUGUCGCCUGUGUCACGAAGAGAAGCAAAAAUACGAAAAAAACGCGGCUUACAUGUCGAGUGACGGAGAGGUGCCCUUGAUGCACGAGACUAUCGGAAACUUACUAGGAACGGCGGCAGAGAGGUGGCCUGACCGAGAGUGCGUGGUGUCCCUUCAUCAGGAUGUACGAUUGACAUUCUCGGAGCUUAUUCGUCGUGCCGAUCGUUUAGCAGCUGGCUUAACGAAACUGGGCCUGAAACACGGCGACCGAUUGGGUAUAUGGGGUCCCAACGACGUGGAAUGGGUGAUCACCUUCAUGUCCGCCGUGAGGGCGGGUUUUAUCCUGGUCGCGAUCAAUCCCAGCUAUCAAAUGGAGGAGCUCACCUACUGUUUGCAAAAGGUCGUCGUAAAGGCUGUGAUAUCACCCGAGAAUUUAAAAACGCAGGACUAUCCACGCAUGCUACUUGAAGCUCAGCAAACGUGCCCCAGUUUGGAACACAUAAUUAUCUAUUCGAAGGAUCACGUGACUGGGACUCGUCGAUUCAGCGACGUGGAGGAGCUCGCGUCCAGGACCGAGGUGGAACGGAUCGCGAAGGAACAGGACCGAAUAUCCUGCAACAGCGGUACCAACAUACAGUUCACCUCUGGGACCACUGGCAGACCGAAAGCCACGCUCUUAUCGCAGUUCUCCAUAUUGAAUAACUCGAAACAGGCUAUCGUAAGAUCAGGGUUCACCGUUGGACAGAGGGUUUGCUUAAAUGUGCCAUUCUUUCACGCAUUCGGCACCAUUAAAGGAUUGCUCUGCAUGCUUCACGGGGGUAUCACUAUGGUGCUACCCUCCCGCACGUUCAACCCCGUGAAGUCGGUGGAUGCGAUACUACGGGAGGGCUGCAACACCGUUUAUGGAACACCAACGAUGUGGAUCAAUCUGUUGGAUGCGUGCCAACGACUUCAACCUCCACCGAUAACUUUAGCCCAUGGCAUCACCGGUGGUUCUCCCGCAUCGCCGAAGCUGUUCAGAAGUAUAAGGGAGUACUUCAAUUUCGACAACGUAAAGACGGUAUACGGCCUUACAGAGACGACAGCCAUCGUCUUCCAGUCGCUGCCCAACGAAGAGCACUCGUUGACGGACAAUACGGUCGGUUAUCUGACUAAUCACGUCGAAGUCAUGGUUGCCGAUGAGAGUGGCAAGGUUGUACCGUUUGGCACAACCGGUGAACUGUGGGUUCGAGGAUAUUCCAUUAUGCAGAAAUAUUGGAACGACGAAGAGGCGACUAGAAAGGCUUUUAGCAAAGAUGGCUGGUUCAAGACAGGUGAUCUGUUCGUCUUAAGACCUGACGGAUACGGGCAAAUAGUCGGUAGACUGAAAGACAUGCUAAUUCGGGGAGGCGAGAACAUUUUUCCAAAAGAGAUCGAGGAUGUGCUGAUGACGCACCCCCUGGUGGUUGAGGCGCAAGUUAUCGGCGCCUAUGACGAGGUGUACGGGGAAGAGGUGUGUGCAUGCGUGCGCCUUCGAAGCGACGCGACUCUCGGCAAGGAAGAAUUGAAGGAGUAUUGUAAGAGUCGUAUGGCACACUUUAAGAUUCCGCGUUACGUGGAAUACGUAACGGAAUAUCCAAAGACGGCCAGCGGGAAGAUACAAAAGUAUAAAUUGAAGCAAGAAAUGGAACGCGAGCAAGUGAUUCCUACUAGUCCGACAACGUAGAGAAAUCGCAUUUGUUAUAUCGCCUCUGAGGAAAUCAAUAACACGUAAAACUCUAUCUUAGUUUCUCUCUGAUAUCAGUAUACGCGAUCUUGCGAUAAUAUCGAUGAACGUUUGAUUAUUUUAUACAUUGCGUAAGAAGAUAAGAUCAACGGGAUUGCGAGACGAGUUCGAGAGGUCGAUGAUAGGAUGGCGCCACGUAUUCCUCUAUCGAGUCAUCAUCGGUAAAGUCGGCAAAGUAGAAAGCUAUCUCACGCAUGGUCGAAUUGGCGUCGCUCGAGCAUAACGCUUACCAUCGAACUGGUAAACGAAAUACGACAUGGUUUUAUUUUAGUUAAAUUCAAACUGUAUUUCCGUGUCGUGUCGUGUCAUGUAACUCUCUCUUAGCGUUAAUCCCAAUAAA